AAACGGCCCAGAUCCAAUCCUCCACAACCCCUGCUCCGACCAAUUCAACCCAACUCUGCAGCCCCCUGAUCAACCCAGCCACGACUGAACCAACAUUUCCACCGCUUAAAAGCCUCAACCUGUGACGCAAAUCCGUCGCACCAAGACUCUGUCGUCACUGUAGCCAAACUCUAGGCUAAAGGAAUACGGCUCAGGGGCUCAAUGAUUUUGGGCGCACCAAACCGUAAAUCCGUCGCACCAAGCCGCGACCACUGUAGCCAAACAGAAAUCGGCGCAAGAGAGGGAGGGAGGGUGGCGACGAAGAACGCGGACAGAGAAGCGAAGGCAGAUGGCGGCCGCCAGAGGCAUCAGUUUCCGGCUAUAAGGUCGAUGAUGGAGUGCGAUGGAGUAGACCGUGAGGCUGCGAUCGAUGUUCCCAGGAGCGUAGAUUGGAUGCGGAAGAAACAUAGAUCUAGAUGCGAAAGAAGCGUACAUAUACGGUCAGUUUUCUGUAAAUUUUAAAAAUGAUCAUUUUUGUGUCUAUUAACUAUGCCAUUCUUUCUUCUUCUUCUUAUUAUUUUUUAUCUUUUAUUUUUUCAAAUGAAAGUGCAAUGUAGAAGAAAUAACAUGUGUGUAAUGAAGAGCCCCCCCCCCCCCCCCCCCCCCCCCCCCCCCCCCGCUAAACAGAGCAGAUGCGGUUUGGGAGAGCGGUGAGAGUUUUCAAGAUCGAGUUUAUGAAUUAGAUGGUAUGUGGAGUAAGAGAAAAGUGACGAGAACACGAUUAUGAUUUUUUUAGUAUAUUUUGAAGAACGAAGGAUAUGAUUAUAAGGUUUGAGGCGUGAUUGGGGUGAAGUUGGAUGGUGGGUUGGAAGAUUAAAGAUGUAAAAAUGUAAAGAGGUAAAGAGGAGCUUGUUAGGAAAACAAAAUUAAACACAUAAAGACGUACCUCGUUUGGGUGUCUCUCAAAAAGCGCAUUAUUUAACGUCGUGACAUGACACUGUCUUUUUAAUUUCAGUCGUUCAGACUUGGAUCAUGAUGAUCAUCUACUUCACAUUUUUAUCCUUAGGAUUUUCAUAGAAAUGCUCAAGUUCCGACCUUUCACUUUCAAAAUCUUUCCAAAUCAAAUAUCCAGAUUUUCCUUACUUCGUGUUGCGAGAGUGAGGGAAAAAAAAUCCCGUUUAACAUGAUAUGGUCAAGGGAAAGGCCGGGUUAAGUUGUGAUCCCUCACAUUUGCUUAAAAUUUCAAAGAUAUCAUUUUCCUUUUCAAUUUUACGAGUUUCCCUCAAAUUAAAGUUUCCCGAAACGGUGAGUUACCUCAAAGGAUGAUAGAGAUAGAAAUUUUAACCCCGUUCAAGUUAAACUUAAACUUUAAUUUUAUAUCUUGCUUAGUCGUUGAUACACCCCACAAAUUGAAUUAGAAGCCAAUAAAUGUUAUGCUACAAAAGUACAUGACAUUUGUUAAAAAAUCAAAAGUGAGAAGAGGUCAAAUAAAAUAUUUGAGCACCACUACUACUAAAAAAUGGGGGGGGGGGGGGGCAUGGCCCCCUUGACUAUAUAUGUCCCGCUGCUCCUGCUCGCUCGUCCGAAAAUAUAGCUCCGACGCUGAAAUUGUGAUUCCCGUUCAGAGAUUGUCGUCGACGCCAUGGCCGGUCCUAGGGGGAGGGCAGCAGGGGCGACCGCCCUAGGCCCGAAAAAAAGUAGAAAGAAAAUUAGGUCCAAGUUUUUUUCUUUACAUGUAAUAUGAGUAGACUUCUUUUUUAUUUAUAAUUUCAAUUAAUUAAUUAGGUGUAAUGUGUAAUUUUUGUUGACAAUUUGAGAAUUUUAAAACAUAAGAAAAAAGCCUUAAACAAAGCUAGACAAAUUUUUAAAAAGAAUAUAAAUUUAGUUUUGAUUUUUAAAUAGAGUUGGUUGUAAGUCAUGUUUUUUUAUGAGAAUUUCAAAAUAGAACUGUCUUAUGUUUAUUUUCUGAACAAGAGUAAUUAUUGUCAUGUUCGGAAAAUACUACCAUGUGUAAAAUAUGGUACUGCCAAAAUAUGACAUUAAUUACUUCUAUUUAGAGAAUAAAAACAUGAUAAUCUUAGUUUGGAGUAUAUAAACGUUUUUAGUCGUAUUUAGAGUAAUUUCUCCUAGUUUUAUUAUACUUCGUAAUUUUUACUUUAGGUAAGUACUUCCUCCGUCCCGCAAAGAAGUUUCCGGUUUGACCUACACACAUAUUAAGGAAAUAAACUUACCAGGGGGUAAAUUUUACCGUUUUGACACUGUUUCAACACUGUUUGACACUGUUUGAUACUGUUUUGCACUGUUUGGCACUAUUUUGAUGUAGAUAAUUUGCCAUUUACGGAAAUGGAAACUUCUUUUUGGGGCUGCUAAAAAAGGAAAGCAGGAACUUCUUUGCGGGACGAAGGGAGUAUAAUUUAAUGUUUGUCUUGGAAAUAAGGCCAAAAUAGUAUAUCGCCCAUAAGUCCAAAACUGGACAGGACCGGCCCUGGUCGACGCUCUCUGCCAAAUCCCCCUGGAAUGUAAGCCAUCUCUCCUUGGGCACUAAUAAUAGUGUAGAAUUUAUAUUUAUUUAUUCUUGAAGACUUCUAUUGUAAUUCUGACAUUUUUUUUAACCCGGUAGGCAAACCACCAAAAUCAGUGGGGUAGAUGCCGGGGAACAUCUACCGGAUUUUAUUAAUAAAAAACAAAUACACCAGAAAAGGGGGACUAAGCCAAAACCUUUCCGGGAGGCAUUCCUCCCAAAAAACAGACAAAAAAGUAAUUGAAAAUAACAUCAAUUGGGGGGGCUGGACCUGACCCAAUUAACAAAUACUUUAACAAAAGUAAAUUUAACAUCUAAUAGAAGGGAUGCUAAAAAUAUCCAUAUAAAAAGCCCUCUUAGCCCGAAUAGGAAGGGUAUUUGGGCUCGCAUAGCAUUUUUUAAGGCCCGUGUGAUCCAACGCUAAGAAAUGGGCCACCCAGUUUCCUUCGCGCAUAACAUGACCGAAGCUCAGACCUUUCCUCUUCGCAAUAAGCUUGGUUUCCUGAAUUAGAUCUGACCAGCACCUUGCAUCUCCUUCACUCAGUAACGCCAAGGCCAUAGUCGAAUCAGACUCCACCUGAAAUCCAGAGUACCCAUCGUUAACCGCACAACGAACACCCUUUGCCAUUGUAAUUCUGACAUUAUUCACUAUAAAUAUAUCUGCCAGGGCUAACACUACGGGUAAGCCAGAGAAUUAUUUUCACAUGGUAUCAAGAGCCAAAACCCUUGGACCCUAAAUUUUUUUCCGGCAGUAUGUCUUCUACCGAUUCCCAAGUCUCAGCCGCAGCAGGUGCUUCCACCGCCGGCUCCCUGCCUUUGUCCACGUCUGCGCCCGUCCACACCAUAGCGGCUGCGACUGGACCAUCUACCUUCUCCAUCACGAAUUCGUCGUCUGCAGUGGGGUUCUCACCGUCCGCGUCUUCUUUCUCACCGGUGAUAUCACAAAUUGCUCCUCACAAAGUUUGCAAUACAUGAACUCCCAGGAGGAGUUGAAUCCCGCACAGGCUUUUGCGGGUCAAGUUAGGCCGAGAGCACCACCUCCGCAUGAUGGUGAUCAGCCGCAGCAGCCACAACAGGGCGGACAACAGCAGUUCCCAGGUGGACAGCAGCCUCUGGCUGGAGGGGAGGCUACUCGGGGAAAGGGCUAUCGAGGCAGUCGAGGUGGCCGUGGUCAGCGCGGUCGUGGUGGCCGUGGUCAGCGCGGUCGUGGUGGCCGUGGUCAGCGGGGUCGUGGACAUGGAUACCCUCCACAGUUUGGAUACGACUACCCACCAUCGGGCUAUUUUCCAGGGGGUGCACCACAUGCUGGCAUUCUUGGGCCUCCAGGUUCAGCUGGUAUGUCUGUUCAGUCAAAUUUUUAUACUUAUGCCUUAUCUACUUUUUCUACUAACCAUGGCUAUGCAGGUUCCUCCUCAGCUGAGGGAAAUUCCGUUCCUCAUCCGAUUAUUUGCCAGAUUUGCUAUGCUCCAGGUCAUCCCGCUUCCAUGUGUCCUUCUCGUUUCAUUCAGCCGGCUGCACCUGCUCUUGCUGCUCAGGCCCCUGAUGCUUCCGAGAUGGUCUGGUAUCCUGAUUCAGGUGCCUCGGCACAUAUGACUCCUCAUUCAGGAUUUAACAACGGGGGUGGUACUUCUUCGAGCUCGCAGUGAUAACGGCGUUUAUCCCAUUCAUCAGCCUGCACCGACGCCUGUUGCUUUAUCCGCCACAUCUCUUUCCAUCUGGCAUAAUAGACUAGGACACUGUGGUUCUCGUGUUUUGGAUCAACUUAGACUAAAUGAUUUUAUUUCUGGCACUUCUGCUAAUAUUUCUGAUUGUAUUCCUUGUCGCUUGGGCAAGUCGCAACGGUUACCAUUUAAUAAAGUUUUUCAUCA